GGAAACACUGGGCGAGUCAUGGAAGGGAGAUACAAGGACUACAGGAUCCGCUUCUCACCCGGCUGGGUCGAGGUUGUGCAGGAUGAUGUUACUGUUCCUAGUAGAAGGGCUCUGAUAACGGGGGCAACCGGACUUCUUGGUCGAGCUGUAUACAAAGAGUUUAAGGAGAACAGCUGGCAUGUGCUGGGCUGCGGGUACAGUCGUGCUCGACCCAGAUUCGAAUGCCUCAACCUAUUGGAUGAAGCAGCGGUGAAAGCAUUGAUCCAAGACUUCAAGCCUCACGUGAUCAUUCAUUGUGCUGCAGAGAGGAGACCAGAUAUUGUCGAAAGUCAACCAGAGUUAGCUUCAUUACUAAAUGUGGUGGCAUCUGAGAAUUUAGCAAAAGUAGCCGCUGGAGUUGGAGCGUUUCUAAUUUAUGUUAGCUCAGAUUAUGUCUUUGAUGGAACAAGCCCGCCUUACAGGGAAGAUUCCAUACCACAUCCCUUGAACCUUUAUGGCAAGACAAAACUGGAUGGAGAGAGAGCAGUGUUGCAGAAUAAUGAAGGUGCUGCAGUUCUUCGAGUGCCAGUUAUGUAUGGAGACGUGGAAAAACUUAGUGAAAGUGCUGUCACAAUUCUUUUUGAUAAGGUGCAGUUUAGCAACAAGUCGGCAAAUAUGGACCAUUGUCAGCAAAGGUUUCCUACUCAUGUCAAAGAUGUUGCUACAGUUUGUCUUCAAUUAACAGAGCGAAAAAUACAGGAUCCCUCUAUUAAGGGAAUAUACCAUUGGUCUGGAAAUGAGCAGAUGACCAAAUACGAAAUAGCUUGUGCCAUGGCAGAUGCCUUCAACCUUCCCAGCAGCCAUCUGCGUCCAAUCACAGAUGAGCCCGUAGGAGCGACUCCUCGGCCAUGGAAUCCACAACUGGACUGUUCGAAACUGGAGAAGAUGGGCAUUGGCCAGAGAACACCGUUUAGAGUGGGAAUUAGGGAAACCCUCUGGCCGUUCUUAGUGGACAAGAGAUGGAGACAGACAGUCUUCCACUAGGUGUUAAAUAUUUCCCCAGACAAAAUAAAAAUAGAUAUCUCUACAUUUUUCUUAAAGAAAAUUAGUUUUAUAUGUUAGUGGUUAAAGAAAAAAAGAAAUUAAUUACUGUGUUGGCAGUUUAAAGAACAAACUUUUUUUUUUUUCUUAAAAUUGUAUGUUUAUCAGAUAAAGUUCUAAUUAAAGGGUGCCUAAAGCC